AUGAGUUCGUUAAUUCGUUCACAAAUUGGCCUGGCGAAACGACGAUUGGUCGAUGCAAUCGAUUUCGCUUCACAGUUCGAGACUUAUGAAGAGAUUACCGAAUAUGAGGAUGAUGAAAUUCUAGAUGAGAUUUCCGAAAUCGCUCAUACUGGUAACCGCAUCAAAGAAGAAUCGACAAGGAUUCUCAACUAUCAUCAGAAAUGGCUAGCAUUAAUGUCAACUGAUCCACAAGAAGUCGCAAUCCACGAGACUUAUACAAAGAAGAGUGAAUAUUUGAAAAUCACUGAAAAAACCAACGAAGUACUGGACAAAUUGAAAACUCUUCAAAACAAGUUGAUUGCUCUUCAUCAAAGCCGAUCAAAAGAAGCCAUUGCUUAUCCAACAAUUGAUUCUUCCGCAGAAACAUCAGAACAGCCGAAAGAAUUUACACAAAAAUCAAACACCAUCAAUGAAACUCUCAAAAAUGUUCUUCACAUAUCCACCGAGGAACCAAUUUAUGUUCCACCAACUCCAACUAAUCAAGGAGCAUUGUUACCAAUUUCAUUACCACGUAUCGACCUUCCAACCUUCGAUGGUAACUUCACCAUGUUCCAAUCAUUUAGCGAAUUGUUCAAAACCCUAAUCGACUCGCAACCACUAUCGAAUGUGGCUAAACUUCACUAUCUCAACUCAUCAUUAAGAGGUGAAGCAAAACAAGUUAUUCAACAUCUUCCGAUAACAGCAAACAACUACUUGAUUGCAAUGAAAUUAUUGGAAAGCCACUAUGGUAAUGUGACAAGAAUUCGUCAUCAUUUGAUUCGAUCUUUACAAGAUGUGCAAACUGUGUCAAAUACAACAAAUCCAGUACAGUUGCAUUCAUUUUGGACUGAGGCGUCGACAAUUUUUGAACAAUUACGUCUGAUUGAUAGUGAAUGUGAUAACCGCACUACUGCUGAUGUGAUCAGCAGAAAACUGCCUAAGAGGAUUAUCGAAAAAAUUUUUCUCGACCAUCCUGACGGACUUUUUUCGGCUUCACAACUAUUGGAAAAAAUUCGUCAAAUUAUUCAAUCAGAAACUCUGGUUCUCACAAUUUUUGAUGCAAAUAAUGGGAAUCACAGAGCAACAACGAUGAAAGUGACAACUUCACAACAGAAAAAUGGUUCAAAUUCGAUGGCACAUGCACCAAAAACACCUUGUGCAUUUUGUGUAUCACAAAACGAUUUUCAUCGACACAAUCAAUGCCCAAAGUUCAAAAUGCCAGCUGACCGCCGAAAACGAGCACAAGAAUUGAAACUUUGUUUCAUUUGCCUUCGUGCUGGUCAUCGAAAAGGAGAUUGUCCAACUCAAAGAAAAUGCUAUUAUUGCAAAAUUGGAUUGCAUCACACCGCAUUGUGUUCCUCCAAGAAUUCGAAUGAUCAAAGUCCAAAUCAAACAAAUCAAUCGAAUUAUCAAGGCAAUUAUCAAAAUCAAGCGAAACCAAACAUUCAAAGUUCAACAAAUCAACCGAAUGUUCAACAAAAUCGCCCGAACAAUCCGAAUCCUAAUCAACAGAACUCUCAUCAACGACAAAACCAAAACCAAAAUCAAAAUCGUCAAUCGAACUUCAAUUCCAAACCAAAUUAUCAAAAACCAAACUUUGGACAACAAAACCGAAGAAAUGGUAACACAAAUAUUGCCAUCACGAAUCAAGAUGACGGUGGUAAUACGAAUGAAGAAGUUGAGGAUGAUAGAGAAGAAGUUAUGACUUAUCCUGCGAUGAAUUAUAAUAUUUUGGCCAACAAUGAACUUGAUGAUGAAAAAUUGUUGGAACAGCCAAUCAAUGAAAAUGAUAAACAACAAAAAUAUCGUUCAAUUGCGAUGAUGGCUACACAUCUUCAUAUUAUGGAUCUGGACAAUAAACCGAUCAAAGUUCCAGUAUUUUUCGAUUCUGGAAGUGACAGAAGUUAUAUCAGCAGCAACAUCACUAAAAAGUUGAAUUUACCGUCAUCUGGUUAUCAAAAUCUGAAUGUGGCAACUUUUGGAAACACUUCUGGUAACUUGAUUCAAACCAGAAAAAUCAAUGUCAGAAUCGAUAAUGGAAAAGAACAAUUGGAUAUUCCUCUUCUCGAAGUGGAUAAUAUCACCACAAAAGUCACAAUUGCCAAAUUAGACGAGGAAACAAUUCGUAAAUUAUGUGAAGAUGCAACAUUCGAAUUACCCAGAGAAGAAAUUCAACCCGAACUACUCAUUGGAUUGGAUCUUAUGCAAACAUUGUUGGGAAACACAACAUCUGAACAACUACCAAAUGGCACAACACUUCAUCGGACCAACUGUGGAAUUUUGAUUACUGGAAGAGAGGAUCCUACUGCAGAAGAGAUAUUGUUUGAUAAAUUUCCAUUUUUGGCUGAAGAAUAUCAACUUGGAAAUACACUUGUAGCACAAUCAAAAAUUGCUCGUCAAGAUCUCGAUCCAGAUAUUGAACAUAUUGCUCUUCGCAAAUGUUUGGAAAAUUUUUGGAGUCUGGAAUCAAAUGGGAUCAUGGAAAAUCCAAAAACAACAGAAGAUGAAAUGACUGACAAAUUUUUCAAUGAAACAACAACCAGAAAUUCGGAUGGACAAUAUGUAUGCCGCUGGCCUUAUCGAAAAGAAAAAUUACAACAAUUGCCAGAUAAUCGAAAUAUUGCAUUGUCUAGACUUCAAUCAACCAUUAAACGAUUGGAGAAAACACCAGAAUUGCACAAGAAAUAUAAUGAUAUCAUCAUGGAACAAUUGAAAAAUGGAUAUAUUGAGAUAGUGCCGGAUGAAAAUCAACAUCAAGGUGUAGUUCAUUACUUGAGUCAUCAUCCAGUUAUAAAAGAAAGUUCGAAAUCUUCGAAAGUUCGACCGGUGUAUAAUGGUUCAGCAAAAGCAAAUCGUUAUGCAUUGUCUCUUAAUGAUGUUCUACAACCAGGAAGAUGCAAUUUGCCAAAAAUUCAAAAUGUUAUUCUUCGAGUUCGCGGUCAUGAAAUAUUGCAAAGUUGCGACAUAAGUAAAGCAUUCCAUCAAGUUGCUCUACAUCCAGAGGAUCGUGAUUCGGUUAGAUUUUUUUGGACUAUGGAAGGAGAUUCUGAGCCAACAUGCUUUCGAUUUACCGUUGUUCCAUUUGGACUAUCCACAAGCCCAUAUCUUCUUGGAGCUGUCACUGAACAACAUCUCAAUUCUAUUGGCACAGAUUUUUCGGAAGAACUUCUUCGAAAUUCUUAUGUGGACAAUUAUUUCUAUAAUGUGGAAAACACCGAAGAUGGAUUGGAAAAAUACCACAAAGUGAAAGAUUAUUUUCAACAAGCAAAGAUGAAUAUGACUCAAUUUGUCUCGAAUUCACGAGAACUCAAUGGGAAAAUUGCUGAAGUAAAUGCCAAAGAUAGUAUUGAAUCAGAAGAAGAAAAAAUUCUUGGAAUCGGUUGGAACACUACAACAGAUGAAAUUCAUGUUCGACUACCACAAAAAAUCAAUAACAAUCAAAAAACCAAACGAGAUGUUUUGAGAAAAACCGCUUCCAUCUAUGACCCAAUUGGACUCAUCGCACCAGUAAUCAUCAAGAAGAAAAUUUUUCUACAAAAAUUAUGGAGUGAAUCUCAAUCUUGGGACACAUCAUUAUCAAAGCCAUUGGUAAAAGAAUGGGAAAAAAUGGAGGACGAAAACACCAUCACGAGUAUUCACAGACCGCGGAAAUAUUUUUCAACUCCAAACCAAAAAGGUGAUAUUUUCGAAUGCCAUGUUUUUUCGGAUGCAUCGGAAGCUGCAUUUGGAGCAGUAGCUUAUUUGCGAAGAAUCAGAGCUGAAAAAAUCGAAACUUCAUUUGUUUUAUCAAAAUCAAAAGUUGCACCAAUCAGAAAAGCUUUGACUAUUCCACAAUUAGAAUUGCUUGGUAUCGAAACAGCUGCAAAAUUGGUCAAAUUGAUUCGAGAAGAAAUGGAUAUUGAAAUAUCUCGUUCAUUUAUUUGGAGUGAUUCAUUGGUUUCAAUUGAUCAAAUUCAUUUGACAAAAUCAUCAACUGUUUUUGGAAGAAACAGAUUGCGAAAAAUUCAACAAUUGGCGCCUGAUUGCAUUUUCUCACAUUGUCCAGGAAAAAUCAACCCAGCGGAUAUGGUUAGUCGAGGAACAUCAAUGGAUGAAUUGGUCAACAACACUCUUUGGUGGAAUGGACCGAAGUUUUUGAGAGAUGAACAAUUACCAAUCCGACGUUCAAGUAUUGAAUCUGCAAUAACAGCGCUGAACAUUGAAGUUCAAAAAACAGAAGACAUUUUGAACUUGGAUCCAACAAGAUUCAGCAGUUAUGAUCGAAUGCUCAACACUGUAAUAAGAAUAUUGAAAUUAUUUUCGAAACAACCAAAAGAAGUAAUCGUCCAAAAAGCUCGUCUUCAUAUUGUGAAAUUGGCUCAACAACUCAACCCACCGGAUGAAGCAACGUGUGCAAAUUUGAAAUUGCAACAAAUCAAUGGGAUCUAUUAUUAUCCUAGUCGAAUUCCAUCAAGAACAGUGCAUUUUCUACCACCUAAUCGAAUUGCAAAACUUCUGUGCUUGGCUAUUCAUCAUCGCAACAAACAUGGAAGUCCAAUGUACACCUUGUCAAAAUUACGAAACGAAGUUUGGAUUCCUAAAGGUGUUUCGUUCGUCAGAAAAUGUAUCAAACAAUGUUUGUUUUGUCAAAAAAUGAAAAGCAAACCAACAAGACAACCAGAUUUUCCACCAUUCCCAACUUCAAGAAUCGAAUGGACUCGUCCAUUUACCAAUGUUGGAACUGAUUAUGGUGGUCCACUGAAUGUGUCUGUCAACAAUGAGACACAAAAACGAUGGUUUAUAGUUUGGACAUGUUUAACAACAAGAUAUACUGCUGUGGAAAUCGUUGACUCUUUAUCAUCGGACACAUUGUUGAACGCAAUACGACGCCUUUGUGCACAAUAUGGGAUUCCAUCAACAGUUACUUGUGACAAUGCUGCACAAUAUCAAUUAUUGCAAAAAUCGGUUCAAGAAGCAGAACACCAAAUGAAAAUUUCAAAUAUCCAAAGUGCAGAUUUGCCGGUUUUCAAAUUUAUUCCCGCUUUAUCCCCAUGGGCUGGUGGUUUUUAUGAACGGAUCGUUGGAUUGAUUAAGAAAUGUUUGUUGAAGUCAGGAACUACAAGAAGACUUUUGACAGAAGAUGAUCUCCGAACACUGUUCAAAGAAAGCGAAACUAUUGUUAAUUCAAGACCACUGACUGCAAUUGAUUCAGAUUCAAAUGAUUAUCAACCACUGCGUCCCAUCGAUUUCGUUUAUCCUACGAGGAGAUCGACUGAACUAUUGAAAAUCGAUGAAGGAAUUGAUACAAUUCAUCUAACAUCAUCAAAAGCUGUUUUAUUGGAAAAUUGGAUGCGAACAAGUUCGAUUACGAAUAGUUUUGAGAAAAGAUGGAAAGAAGAAUAUAUUCAAAUGCUCCAACAACGUCUAACUACUCAACAUCAGCAACAUCGUCUAUCAACUGUGAAUCCACCCAAAAUUGGAGAUAUUGUUCUAAUAUUUGAAGAAAAUUGUCCAAAAACAAAUUGGCCUCUCGCAAAAGUGAUUGAAGUGAAAGAAAGAUCAGCUAUUCUGAAAAAUGGAAAAACAAGACGAAUAAUUGAGAGACCAUUCAAGAAAAUAUUCCAAUUCGAAAUUGCAAAUGAUGAAAACACAACAGAAAAAAUUGAUACCAACAUUGAAAAUUUUGAUUUGCCAAACAAUGAUGAUGAAGGAAGACUUCAAUUGCCCAAUAGACAUCAACAAACAGAAGAUGAUCAAGAACAUAUUUCUCGUCGAACAAGAAGCCGAACAAAACCAACAAGUGCGAUAAUCACGUUGGCCCUAAUGACUCUGAUUAUACUUCCAAUGGCCAAUGCAAAUGAAUAUUAUUAUGGAAAUGAAUCCUCAUCAAUCAAUUCGACUACUCAACAACAUUCUUGGUUUGAUAUUCAACGUCUUAUGAAUGAUCAAAUGGCUGAAAUUCAGAUUACUAUCAACAAAAUAUUUGGGAUUUUGUUGAUAUGUAUGCUAUUCACUUUUUGUGGUAUAAUAAUUAAUGCUAUCACUACAGUCAACAAAAUCGUUAUCAAGAUGUUUCAAUAUGGGAGAAAUGUUUGGAAACUAUUGGUUUUCAUAAUUCAAUUAUGUGGAAAGUUGAUAAAUCGAAUUUCUAACAAAUGCAAAACAAAUAAUAUCAAAAGAGAAGUGAUUAUGAUUAUAGUGAUUAUUUCAAGCAUCCAGUGUUGCAAUGAUAUUGCCCAUAUCACUACAAACGAUGAAUCUUGCACUGUCGAUGUGGAACACAACAAGACCGAUUGCACACUGAAUUCGAUGUCUAUAAUCAAUCUCAGAACCAAUGGAAGCACAAGUUGUCUAAAUAUCAACAGAAAAAAUGGUGAAAAAGUGUGGACUUUAAGAAUCACAUCUACUGCAGUUAUUUCAUAUUGUGAGAAACAAACAAAUUUUUUUUCUCGAGAUAUUGGAUUCAACGUCGAAACUGUUCAUCGAUGCAGAGGUGCUGGAAGCUGCACUGAAUCCAAAUGUACUAAAAUUGGACCGGAUGAAAAUUUGGACGAAUUUUCCAAUGAAGCCAAACAACAUCCUGGAUUUACUCAUUGUUUACCAGGAUGCUCAGGUUUCUUCUGCGGAUGCUUUCUCGAUAGUCCGAGUUGUAUAUUUUAUCGAUAUUAUGCGAAACCGACAAGCAACUUCAUCUAUGAAAUUUUCAAUUGUAUCACCUGGAAAACGAGACUUCAAGUAUCAGUGGAAAUUGGCGAACUAAAGAUGUCAGCUGAAUUGACACCAGGUGUCAAGUUCAAAAUCCCAAAAACAAAUAUUUCAAUCACACCAGUUGGAUUAAUAAUGCCGAAACAUCGAAUUUUGGAUUCAAAUUUCAUCGCCUCAUUUAAACCAACAUCACUUGCGCCGGAAUGGUUCGCAGUUUCUUCAACUUCUUCGUCUCCGCCGGGAAGACCAAUGGCAUCGACCAUUGGUGAAUUUCAAUGCGCCAAUCGUGAAACAGCUCAACAAAUGAAAUGCGUGUUUGAUAAAUUCCUAUGUCAAUGCAAUGGAUUCGAAACUAAAGCAACUUGUAACUGUAAGACGAAAAAGAUGUCGGACUACAAAAAUGACGGAAAGAUUCCUUUGAAAACUGCAAAUUAUGAAGUGACAACCAGAAACCAAAACGUGGUUGUUAUUUCUACUGAAGAGAUAUUGACAUCACUACACAUACAAUUAGACAAUGUUUCAAUUGCUCAUUUAUCAAUAGUGCAACAGUGCAAUGCCAGCCAAACAGAGAGCCUCAUAGGAUGCCACUCGUGUAUGAAUGGUGCAAAAUUACCAAUUGUUUGCAAAUCGACGGUUGUUAUGAAGGCAUUAUUACAUUGCGGAACCUUCCAAACGAGUGUUAUUUGUGAUCCAAAUGGAUUUCGAUCCGAAAUUGCUUUCAACUCGAACCAGGAGAAAGUAUUAUACAAUUGCUCGCUUGAUUGUGGUAGAAGGACAUAUGUAACAAUUCAAGGAACAUUGGAAACAGUAUCAACUUUCAAUAUGAAUAAUUCACAAGUUUUUGUUUCAAUAUUCGAAAAAUUGGUGGAUGGUUCAGUAUCAUUUUUUGAUGGUGUAUUUGGAAAUAUAUGGUCAAAAUUGUCAUCAAGUGUCAUGAAUGCUGUCUAUUUGCUUUUAUUUUUGAUUUUUAUUUUUAUGUUUGGACCUCGUAUAAUUGGAAUCGUAUUAGGAAUAGUUUGUUUUAGAGGAAGAAUUAGACGUAGAAAUAGAAGAUAUUAUCGUAGACAUUUUUAG